AAUAAAUAUUUGCCAGUUGUCAGUCACAUCAGCUGGUGAACGCCCGCGCCGCUCACUUCUUGUCAAGUCGUUUUUUUAUUUAAGUUUAUUUUUAAGUUUAGCACCAGUUUUUGACAACCGGAGAUAGGUUUGUGAUUGGUCAAGAUGACGUGGGCGUGCGACGCGGGUCUGACGGGCGCCAUCGCCGGCAGCUACCAGCACGCGCUGCCGGUGUUCGCCAACACGCUGCAAGCCUUCAUGGCAGCGCAGUGUGCGUUGGUCGGCGACCAUCUCUGGCCAGCUGAUGCUCUGCAGAACGUCUUACAGGAUCCAAACUACGACUUCAUAGUGGUGGGAGCGGGGUCCGCCGGGUCAGUAGUGGCCAACAGACUGAGCGAGGUGCCCGACUGGAAGGUGCUUCUUAUAGAGGCUGGCGGCAACCCGACCUUGGGUACGGAGAUACCACAACUCUUCUUCAGCAAUAUCGGAUCUGAAAUAGAUUGGGGUUACAAGCCAGAACAAGAUGACAGGUACUGCAGGGGCUAUUUUAGCAAGCAAUGCGCCUGGCCUCGCGGGAAGGUCCUCGGAGGCUGCAGCAGCACUAAUGCCAUGUUCUACGUCAGAGGAAAUAAGUUGGAUUACGACGAGUGGGCAGCAGACGGCAAUAAAGGCUGGAGCUACGACGAUGUACUGCCUUACUUUAAGAAAAGCGAAAAUUUCAGCGAACCCCUCACUGGAGAUCUAAAGAACUACCAUAGUAAUGAAGGCUGCCUAAGCGUCGAAAUGAAAGAUGACGUUGACGCUUUGGAAAAAAUUAUCAUCCAAGCUGCGAUUGAAACAGGCAUGAAAUUCAUUCCAGACAUUAAUGGAGCUGAUCAGAUGGGUGUGAGUAAAUCUUCAACGACUACCAAAGAUGGAAUUCGUCACAGUACUUCCAGAGCUUUUCUAAGUCCAGUUAAAGAUAGGAAAAAUCUCCAUGUGUUGAAAAAUGCCCAUGUAACCAAAUUACUCUUUAAACCAAAUUCCAACAUAGUUAGCGGCGUUGUAGUACAUAAAGAUGGAAAAGACAUCAAUGUUAACGCAGUAAAAGAAGUAGUUGUGUCAGCAGGUGCGAUCAACACACCACAACUGUUAAUGCUGUCAGGAAUUGGACCAAGAGAACAUCUAGAAAAGUUAACUAUAGAAGUCAAAGCCGACCUACCCGUUGGAGAAAAUUUAAAGGAUCAUCUAUAUAUUCCAACGUACUACACAAUUCCUGGUGAUAAGAGUCUUAGUUCGCUGCCAAGUGUUGUCGGUAUGUUUUCACAAUAUAUGUUACAGAGAGAAGGGCCAUUAAGUACAACAGCACCGUUCAGAAUAAUAUCAUUCAUGAACACUAGUGACCCUCAAGCGACGAGCCCAGAUAUACAGUUUCAUUACGUAGUUUUACCACCGAGUGUUUCUAAUUUUGUAGAUAUGUACGGUGUACACGAGUGUAGUGAGGAAUAUAGAAGAAAUAUCAAUAAUAUUAAUGAAGAUCACUUUCUUUUAAUAGUAGCAGCAGUUUUACUUCGUCCAAAAUCUUCAGGAAGGAUCUCACUUAAAAGUAAAGAUCCAUUUGAAAAGCCGUUAAUUCAUGCCAACUAUUUUGACGACGCGGAUGAUAUGGAUACUGUGUUAAAAGCAUUAAAGAGUCAUGCGUUAAAACUAGCUGAAUCACCAACACUAAAGGAGGCAGGUUUUCGUCUACAAUGGUUAGAUAUGGAGUCUUGUAAAAAGUAUGACAAGAACUCGGAUGAGUUUUUGGAUUGCUGGUCGAGGGAGGUAACCUUUUCGUUGUACCAUCCUGCUUCAACUGCUAAAAUGGGCCCAGACGACGAUGAUACUGCAGUAGUAAAUAGUGAAUUGAAAGUCAGAAAAGUGGAGAGAUUAAGAAUAGCGGAUGCAAGUAUCAUGCCUAAAAUUGUUAGAGGCAAUACUAAUGCCCCAACCAUUAUGAUUGGAGAAAAAGCUGCAGACAUGAUAAAACGAUCCUGGUUAGACGUUCAUAGUGAACUUUAAUCGAAAGCGUUUUUUGAAAGACGAGAGUAGUUAUUAGAGUUUAAGUACAAAUAUUUAUAAUGUUAUAUGUAAGUACAAAAUAAACAUUUCUAAUUUAUUUUUA